UUAUAGGAUUGGAUCUGAGUGGGAACAAGAGUGAGCUGGCCUGAGAGAGGAGCGGAUCCUCCCAGCGCCCUCAGGCCACCCAUUGCCAGUGUCUUCGUGCCAGACCUUUUGAGAGGAGACGGGACGGCCAACCUCAGACUCCCCAGCCUGAGGAUGGCAUCCUCUCUGCUUGAGGAAGAAGCUCACUAUGGCUGCAGUCCCCUGGCCAUGCUGACAGCAGCUUGCAGUAAAUUUGGUGGCUCUAGCCCUCUGCGGGACUCAACGACAUUGGGAAAAGGAACCACAAAGAAGCCAUAUUCCGACCUGUCAGGCCCCAAAACCAUGGGGGAUGCUUACCCAGCUCCUUUCUCAAGCACCAAUGGACUCCUGUCACCUGCAGGCAGUCCUCCAGCCCCGGCCUCUGGCUAUGCCAACGACUAUCCACCCUUUCCUCACUCAUUUCCCGGGCCCACGGGUGCCCAAGACCCUGGGCUACUGGUGCCUAAGGGGCACGGCUCUUCUGACUGCCUGCCUAGUGUCUACACCUCUCUGGACAUGGCACAUCCCUAUGGCUCCUGGUACAAGGCAGGUAUCCAUGCAGGCAUCUCACCAGGUCCAGGCAACACACCAACUCCUUGGUGGGACAUGCAUCCUGGGGGCAACUGGCUAGGUGGUGGACAGGGCCAGAGUGAUGGGCUGCAAGGGACACUGUCCACAGGCCCUGCCCAGCCUCCACUGAACCCCCAGUUGCCUACUUACCCAUCUGACUUUGCCCCCCUUAAUCCAGCUCCCUACCCAGCGCCCCACCUCCUGCAGCCAGGGCCCCAGCAUGUCCUACCCCAAGAUGUCUAUAAGCCCAAGGCAGUUGGCAAUAGUGGCCAACUGGAGGGGAGUGGUGCAGGCAAACCCCCCCGGGGUGCAGGCACUGGGGCCAGUGGUGGAUAUUCCAGCAGUGGGGCAGGGCGUUCUACUUGCGACUGUCCCAAUUGUCAGGAGCUAGAGCGGCUGGGGGCAGCAGCGGCUGGGCUGCGAAAGAAGCCCAUUCACAGCUGCCACAUUCCUGGUUGCGGCAAGGUGUACGGCAAGGCUUCACAUUUGAAAGCCCACUUGCGCUGGCACACUGGCGAGAGGCCUUUCGUCUGCAACUGGCUUUUCUGCGGCAAGAGGUUCACCCGCUCCGAUGAGCUGGAGCGCCAUGUGCGCACUCACACCCGGGAGAAGAAGUUCACCUGCCUCCUCUGCUCCAAGCGCUUUACCAGAAGCGACCACUUGAGCAAACACCAGCGUACCCAUGGGGAACCAGGCCCGGGGCCGCCCCCAAGUGGCCCUAAGGAGCUGGGGGAGAGCCGCAGCGUCGGGGAAGAAGAAGCCAGUCAACCUCCCCGAUCUUCCACCUCGCCUGCACCCCCAGAGAAAGUCUCUGGAGGCAGCCCGGAGCAGAGCAAUCUGCUAGAGAUCUGAGCUGGAUAGAGGAAGGUCUCCAGGGUCCUCUUCCCAGGCUCUCUUG